AGUCGUUGAUGUCUAUUGGAGAGCUGUAAUCGUUUACUCCUCCUUCUCCUCAUGCUGUCGGCUGUGUGGGUGUCUGACAGCUCCGUAAGUCUCAGACCGGAGCGCUUCAACACUCGCCGCUCUCCGCUCAAAUGUGCUUUUAUUCCUGCGUACCUACGUUCCGCGCUCCUCAUGUCCUCCGUAACUCUCUCAGGGUCGUCUCAGUGCUGAUGUGAGUCCGGUACUUUCAUUCAUUUGGCACAUUUCUUCAGUCGAUGAGUAUGCGUUCACGGUGGAGUUACAUCGCCUGGAUCUGCGUCUUCGGUCUCGGCGCGUUCAGGACUUUCUGCAUUCCCGAUAAUGAAGUGAACUUGCUGGACUCUCGCUCUGUCAUUGGUGACCUGGGGUGGGUUGCCUACCCAAAGAAUGGGUGGGAAGAAAUUGGAGAGGUGGACGAGAACUACGCGCCCAUCCACACGUACCAGGUGUGUAAAGUGAUGGAGCACAACCAGAACAACUGGUUGCAGACGGACCUCAUAUUAAACCAAGGUGCCCAGAGAGUGUUCGUGGAGCUAAAGUUCACUCUACGGGACUGCAACAGUCUCCCCGGAGGUCUGGGCACGUGCAAAGAGACUUUCAAUGUCUACUAUUACGAAACCAACGACGAGGAGAGGAGAAAUAUUCGGGAAAGCCAAUACACCAAGAUCGACACCAUCGCGGCCGAUGAGAGCUUCACGGAGCUUGAUCUCGGAGACAGAGUCUUGAAGCUGAACACGGAAGUUCGGGAUCUGGGUCCGUUGACCAAGAAAGGCUUCUACUUGGCUUUCCAAGACCUGGGCGCAUGUAUCGCGCUCGUGUCCGUCCGUGUCUUCUACAAAAAGUGUCCUUUUGUUGUCAGGAAUUUGGCCCUCUUCCCGGAUACUAUAACUGGGCCAGAUUCCUCCCAGCUUCUGGAGGUGUCAGGGACCUGUGUCAACAACUCGGUGGCUGAUGAACUUCCCAGAAUGCAUUGCAGCGCGGAGGGGGAGUGGCUGGUGCCCAUUGGGAGGUGCAUGUGCCAGGCGGGCCAUGAGGAAGUUAAUGGCUCCUGUCAAGUGUGCAAGCCGGGCUUUUACCGAUCAGCUCUUCAGACCAAAAGCUGCAGUAAAUGUCCUCCCAGAAGUUUCACCAAAGUGGAGGCCUCCACCUCCUGUCAGUGUGAGCAGGGAUACUUCCGGACCGAAUCGGACCCCACCAACAUGGCCUGCACAAAGCCACCUUCGGCACCACGUAACGCUAUUUCCAACGUGAACGAGACCAGUGUCUUCUUGGAGUGGAGCGCUCCGGAGGAGACGGGCGGUCGGAAGGAUGUUCGAUACAACAUCGUGUGCAGCAAGAUCAACACAGAUUCAGGCCAGUACGAGCCAUGUGGAAGUCAUGCGCGAUAUCUGCCUCAGCGGACGGGUCUGAAGAACACCUCCAUCAUGGUCAUGGAUCUCCUGGCUCACACCAACUACACCUUUGAGGUGGAGGCUGUGAACGGGGUGUCGGAACUAACCGCCCCUUUGAGGCAGUACGUCUCACUCAAUGUCACCACCAACCAGGCUGCUCCAUCUCCUAUAACCGUGGUGAAGAAAGGCAAGACAGCGAAGAAUAGCAUCGCAGUGUCCUGGCAGGAACCCGACCGACCCAAUGGCAUCAUCCUGGAGUAUGAGAUCAAGUAUUUUGAGAAGGAUCAGGAAACAAGCUACACCAUCAUCAAGUCAAAGGAGACGGAUGUUUUGGUGGAUGGCCUUAAACCUUCCUCAGCGUACAUCUUUCAAAUCAGAGCGCGCACCUCCGCGGGCUACGGAGGCUUCAGCCGCCGCUUUGAGUUUGAAACAAGCCCUUACUCAGUAGCGGCCUCCAGUGAUCAGGGUCAGGUGCCCAUCAUCGCUGUCGCUGUUACUGUGGCCAUCCUCCUCAUCGCAUUGGUCACAGGUUUCCUGAUGAGUGGCAGACGUUGUGGCUACAGUAAAGCCAAGCAAGAUCCGGACGAGGAGAAGAUGCACUUCCACAAUGGACACAUCAAAUUCCCAGCGGUCCGCACGUAUAUCGAUCCUCACACCUACGAAGAUCCCAACCAGGCCGUCCACGAGUUUGCCAAGGAGAUUGAUGUGUCCUGUAUCACCAUCGAGCGGGUUAUUGGAGCCGGUGAGUUCGGUGAGGUGUGCAGCGGUUUGCUGCGGCUGCCAGGGAAGAGAGAGAUCCCAGUGGCCAUUAAAACUCUGAAAGCCGGUUACACCGAGAAGCAGAGGAGGGACUUCCUGGGCGAAGCCAGCAUUAUGGGCCAGUUCGAGCAUCCCAACAUCAUCCACCUCAAGGGGGUUGUCACCAAGAGUAAACCAGUGAUGAUUAUAACAGAAUAUAUGGAGAAUGGAUCCCUGGACACCUUUUUGAAGAAGAACGACGGUCAGUUCACUGUCAUCCAGUUGGUUGGCAUGCUGCGUGGCAUUGCUUCUGGCAUGCGCUACCUCUCUGAGAUGGGCUAUGUGCACCGUGACCUGGCUGCCCGCAACAUCCUGGUCAACAGCAACCUGGUGUGUAAGGUGUCCGACUUCGGCUUGUCAAGAGUGCUGGAGGACGACCCAGAGGCGGCCUACACAACCCGCGGAGGAAAAAUUCCCAUCAGGUGGACGGCUCCAGAGGCCAUUGCCUACAGGAAGUUCACCUCAGCCAGUGACGUGUGGAGCUACGGCAUUGUGAUGUGGGAAGUGAUGUCGUACGGAGAGAGACCAUACUGGGAAAUGAGCAAUCAAGACGUGAUAAAGGCAGUGGAGGAGAACUACAGGCUGCCAGGCCCCAUGGACUGCCCGACCGCCCUUUAUCAUCUCAUGAUGGACUGCUGGCAGAAAGACAGGAACAGCCGGCCCAAAUUUGAGGAGAUUGUCAGCUUACUGGACAAACUCAUCCGCAAUCCCAGCAGCCUGAAGGGUCUAGUUAACCCAUCGAACAGAGUGUCCAAUUUAUUAGUGGAGCAUGGGAGCCCCGAGGGCUGUGUAUUCAGAUCGGUGGAGGAAUGGUUAGAGGCCAUAAAAAUGGGUCGAUACACUGAGCUUUUCAUGGAAAGUGGAUACACUUCUCUGGAAGUCGUCACUCAAAUGACCUUGGAAGAUCUUAGGAGGGUUGGAGUCACUUUGGCCGGCCAUCAGAAAAAGAUCCUCAACAGUAUUCAGGAGAUGCGAGUCCAAAUGAUGAACGCCACUAUGCCCAUCUGAGAUCGGCCUCAGAGGAACCUCCAGCAGUAGCCUAGCACUUUCUACAGACACUUAUUUAUUGAACGGAACUAUUUAAUGAAAAAAUUGACACUGACGAAAAAAAAAAUUGAAUAAAAUGGUUGGAUAGAUGGACAAACGGUUACUGUUUCGUUUGUGCAAAGCCUCCAAACUAAAGUGACAGGAGGAACAUGACUGAAAUGUUGAGUGGUUGUUUGGAAAAGUGUGGCACAUCUCCAGGUAGGACUACUGACUUGGGAUCAGAUGUCUCUGGGCUGAAUGUAUACCAUUUUUCCAUGACCUCAUUCAACAAUAUUAUUACCUCCGGAAGAGACUGCAGUCGGUUUAAGCUUGGAUGUUUUUUUUUUUUUUUUGUUUUUUUUGUUUUUUUUUUCGCCCACAAGUUCACCUGAGGCAAAUUCAGACAGUAAGACUGAAGUCACGAGCUGAGGAAAUGUAUGGCAGUGUUAAACAAAGCAAUAGUAGAUUCCAAGCUUGAUGUUGAUUUUACUUCUUUUUUAAAUUGUUGCUUCUUUGUUUCAAUAAGAGGACAAAGCAAUGGACAGGAUCGUUUUCCUUUUGCACAAUAUAAUGUCGUGAAGGGAGGAGGAAAUGUAUUUGUCUUUAAAAAUGUGACAUGUUUCAAAACCACAAAUUUAUUUUAGUUCCAAGUUUUGGUGUUUUAUGUGUAAAUAGUGUACAGUUGCGUAGUUGAAGUGGAGCUCAAAUGCAUCCAUCCAUGUUCAUGUGAGGUUGAUAUACUUUAGUGCACAGGUGGGCUAACAUACUAUGUAUAUUCAGUCCGGUCAAUAAAUGUUUAUAUUGGC